UACUACAGAGUAGCAAUAACUGUCCUCUUGCAGUGUGCUCACUCUGUGUGGGCAGAUGAGGAAUUACAGGUGACCAAUUUCAUUAUGCGGCCUUUGAAAAACUGGCAGAAGAUGAGUGCACCCGAUUGGUCCAACCUGACCCUUCACCUGGAGGGGUCCCUGACCAGUGCUUUGGGUCAUUACCUGGACAACUGGAGACAUAACAUGACAGCUGCAGCCAACGCUUUGGACAAGACCCUGGCUGAGGAGAACUUCAGGAGCGUCAUCUGGUAUCUGGCGGUGAUGAUUGGCAUGUUUGCCUUCAUUAUUGUGGCUAUGCUGGUGAGCACAGUCAAAUCCAAGAGGAGAGAGCACUCUAAUGACCCCUACCACCAAUACAUCAAGGAGGACUGGACUGCCCAGAUACAACAGGGUGACGUCGUCAACAACUUUGCAGCUGCAUAAUGCCAGCAAAGACAUUUCAUUCACAGCAGAUCAUUAUUAUCAGCAGAAGCAGCUGCAGCAUAACUAUAAAAGAUUUCCACAAGUCAAUAUCCUUUCUUUUUCAGUGAUGCUGGUCAAAUUUGUAACCAGAAUAAUAAAGUCAAAUCAAUAUUGUGUAUGUAACUUGUGAUUCAGCUGUUUAGACCUCAAUCUUUCAUCCAUCAGCAUCAAUAAGGCAUGAGGGCAGAGGUUCCCAACCUUUUUGCGAUGGCUCUGUCAGAUGUAAUCAAGUACCCAUACCCUAAUUUUAAAGAGAAUGUUAUUUGACACUGUUCAU